CGAGCAUGACACGCUGCCGGUCGGACAGUGCGCACUGCUGACCUCCGCUCAGUAUCACUUCAUCGGGAUUUCUUAUCACACUUCACUUCAGAGGAUUUCUGCCACUUUGGGUUUUCUUCGCAGGGAUAGUGUUGGGUGACCUCUCUAACUGCAUUCUUAGGACACGAGUGAGGACUCAGCAUGCUGUCCUCCCUGAAGACCCUGCUGCUGCUCUCGGUCCUGUGCACGCCGACCUCCAGCCUUUGCCUCCGCCUUUACCACACCCGCUCCAACCUCCUGUGCGACGACCAGAUGGAUGUGGGGGUCCAGAGUGACGAGGAGGAGCUCCCUGUCGACGGCUGGGGGUCCCUUCUGCAGUCCGCAGAGUACCUCUCCUCCUCCACCUCCACUUCUGCCGAGUCCAGCCGGGAAAAAAGGACUUCAAGUCCCGCGAACUACCGCUUCGUUAGCCGGACGAAGCUCAGAGAGCAGCUUCUCCGAAACAGCAUCAAAGGCGACCGAAGGAGCAGGCUGACCCUGUCUCUGGACGUCCCGACCAACAUCAUGAACGUCCUCUUUGACGUCGCCAAGGCCAAACACAUGCGCGCAAAGGCGGCCGAGAACGCGCGCAUGCUGGCUCACAUUGGCAGGAAAAAGUGAUCAUGUUGGACAACUUCAGAUGUACAUUAUCUGCCAUGACCAGUGUUGGCCUCAAAUGUGAUGCAUUAUUCACUUUCAAAGUGUACGCUUUUGAUUUCUUUAUCUCUGGAAGAUUGUUAUAUUUCCACUCACAGUGCAGGUAAAAGAAGCAUAUCUAAGAAAACUGAGUAACUGUAAAGUUUUUUAUUUCUGUUACUCCAAUGAAAACAAAUGGGGAAACCUCCAUCGGGACGUAUGACCAAUAGUUGGAUGUAAAAUCUUUACAUUGUGACAAUAAUUGGCAUAUAAAUAUCUUAAAACUGUCAAAUGUACAAAUUGUUACUCAUAAAUUGACUCUUAAAUGGAGACAGAGUGUUUUAUAAAAAAGAUUCAAGGUGAGAAUAAUCCAUGUGUUUCUUAUGCUCUAAAAUAAGUGUUGUAGCAAUAAGCAAUAAGGAAGUAAUUUGACUUGUAUCAAGAUAAUUGUGUUUUAAGAGAACAUGGAUGUGUUUUAAAUUUGAAUGAAACACUUGAAAUGGUCUCACCUUUCAGAUCUGAAAAGAAGACUUGAAACAGAUAUGAGUAUGAGCUGCAGCAAAGCAGGACUGCAUACAAUUUAAAUAAACCCUUAGUUUCUCUGUCUGUAAAAUGUAUGUUUAAUAUGGUCAGUUGCCCGGGACUCAUCAAAUUUUAAAACAUGAACUAAACAAAAAAGAACAAAGCUGUUUUCAGUAUCAAUUAUUACAUCCUUAGCGAAAUAUGGUGUGUUUUGUAACUCUGUUGCAUAAUCAUAACAUUAGAUUUUAUAGUAUGAUGUUUUUCUCUCUUUGUUGUUUGAUUUAUUUAAGAAGAUUGCUGUUCUGAAGUUCAGAUGGGAGCCUAUGAUGAAUCCAGGUUUGUGUAACAUCAUCAGGAAAAACACUGAAAUACUGUACAAACCAACUGCAAGAUCAUGACAUACAGUAAAAUGCAAAUGCAUGAGAAUGUAGUGUUCAUCAGAUGUCUGUUAUUUUUAUACGCAAAAUAAAGGAUUAUUUUUCCUCAAAUAAAGCAGAUGCGAUUUACUACAUUUAACUUUUUGUACAGACAGCAUUUUAAACAAUUGGGUAGGCUACAUAGAAUAUUCCUUGAAAUCAUUAUUCCUUUACAAUUGAUAAGGCUAGUAGACACUGACUGAUACAUCAGAAGCCUAUCAUGUACGUUUUUACAGCAUGGCCAUUAUAUAAUAAUACAAAGACAAAAACAGAAUAUCUUUAUCAUUUGAAGUCUCAAAUACAAUGAUCAGUAUCAGUCAGGCUAUAGCAUAAAUUCCUUAUUACGCUGUCAGUGGAUGAGAAUUGUUCUUUCUCCACUGAACUGAAUACUUCAACAGCUAUUUGGCUUUUAUAGAUGGGGUGAUGGUCUCCUUUCUGGCAAGAGUCUCAAAACAAGGAUGCAAUGGCGACAUCUUGUGGCCAUUUAAAUGAUUUCGACUACUGUUUUGAGAAAUUAUUAUUUCUCCGUUGCUCCCAUGUUGGGCCACUCUCAGUUCUCUUUGGUCCUCCUAUACUUUCCCAUGCCCAAAUCUUACUCAAAGUCAAGGAUGAAUUAGCAAGCAGGCAUAUCGUUCUAUUUUCACUGUGCAAUAUAAUUCACAUUUAUCUAGCAAAACUCAAGCAAAAAUAUAUCAGACAUUUGAUAUGUUAUGUAGCAGUAAGGAGGCUCUUCCAUGAUCUAUGGAGCAUUUUUCUCAG